CGAAUUUCUAGGUAGCUUCCAACACAACUUCUCUCCAUUGACAGACAACACAAAUCUUUAGAUGUAAACAAGUGAUUGCUUUGUUCAAGUGCUCUGUCACAUGUGUUAGCAAAUAUCGGAGUGAGUAAAGGGGAUAAAUAAAUGAAUGAGAACCGACCCGCCUUCCCUUCUUUCUCUCGCUAUUGACUCUGCCCUCCUCCAUAUUUCUUCCUUUUCUGAUCUCUCUUUCUUGCCUGAACACAUCCUUCUUGACCUUUUCCUGAGGACAUUGAGAGCUGGGAAACUAAACGAAAAGAUUUUGAAGCUGUUUAUUGCAACUGGGAAAGAAGAAAUCCUUUCUCUAAUUGACGCAUUUAACAUCCAAUGUGUUCUUACUCCUGUGCUUCCUACUAGAUGCUCUGAGAAGUAUUGAUAUUGUUUUGAUAGCAAGCAAAUUAUUGCAAAAGGCUCUGGCCGUUUCUCAAGACAACGAAACCUGUUUUUUGCUCUUACUCGUUGUAGCCUGAAAAAAUGUCGCUAGUCAGUGUCAGAGAUGAUGAGGUAGAUAUUGUGAUAGCUGCAAUUCAACCAGAUCUUACUUCAUUUCUGGAAGAAUGGAGAGCAGUAUUCUCCCGAUUUCACCUGAUAAUUAUUCAAGAUCCUGACCUCAAAGAAGAACUUAAAAUUCCAGGUGGAUUUAAUUAUGAUGCCUAUACAAAAGUUGAUAUUCAACGAAUUAUAGGAACUUCAAAAGCUGUAACUUUCUCUGGUUAUUCGUGCCGAUAUUUUGGCUAUCUCUUGUCAAAGAAGAAAUAUGUCAUCUCAAUAGAUGAUGAUUGCAUUCCAGCUAAGGAUAAUGAGGGUAACCAAGUCGAUGCCAAUGCCCAACACAUCAAUAACCUUUCAACUCCUGCCACCCCAUUUUUCUUUAAUACCCUCUAUGAUCCUUUCCGUAAAGGAGCUGAUUUUGUUCGUGGCUACCCAUUUAGCUUGCGAAGCGGUGUCUCGUGUGCUCUGUCAUGUGGACUGUGUCUUAAUUUAGCAGAUCUUGAUGCACCUACACAAGCCCUCAAGCCGGCGCUGAGGAACACUCGAUAUGUUGAUGCUGUCCUCACUGUACCAGCUAGGGCAAUGAUGCCUCUGAGUGGAAUCAACAUAGCAUUUGAUCGUGAGUUGGUGGGACCUGCUUUGCUACCAUCUUUCAGGCUGGCAAAAGAAGGAAAGUUCAGGUGGGAAACUGUGGAGGAUAUAUGGACCGGAAUGUGUGUUAAGGUUGUGUGUGAUCACUUGGGAUAUGGCGUGAAAACUGGGCUUCCAUACGUGUGGAGGAAAGAAAGAGGUGAUGCCGUAGAGAGUUUGAAGAAAGAGUGGGAGGGGGUGAAGCUGAUGGAAGAAGUUGUUCCAUUCUUUCAAUCAAUGAGAUUGAGUCCGGCUGCAAAUACAGCAGAAGAUUGCGUGGUUGAGAUUGCUGCAGCCGUGAAGGAGCAGCUGGGGCAAAUAGAUCCUGUGUUCACUCGUGCAGCUGAUUCCAUGGUUGAGUGGGUGAAGCUUUGGAAGACGGUCAAAACCCAAACUUAAUCCAUUCUUGCUUCCAAACAGGUGUUGAAGUUUCAUAUUAUUUAUUUUCUGUUACAUUUCCUUACAAGGUCUGUAUACAUGUCUUCCAGACAAUUCUCUUGCAACUGAUGCAUAAUAGACAAGUUUUCAGAUAUUCUGUAGGCUGACCUUGAAAUUGUGACGUUUACCGGUUUUUCUUGGUUUACAUUGUGUGUUUCUAAAUGUUGGGUUCAUUUUAUGUAAGACUCAACAGGAAAGUUGAAAUAAAUAGUGUAAUUGCUGCUUCA